AUGCUCACAGCCAGCGCAUCGUCAUCAUCCUUACCUCAAAAUUCUCGAUCCUUUGCUCUUUCAAAAAAAGUAAGCAGUGCCCAUGCACUUCCACCUUCAUAUCGGUCACUCAUGACAACUGAUGAUUCAAGGAUUCUUGAUUUCUAUGUUGAUGAUUUUGAUGUCGACACAGAUGGAAAAAGAUUUAUUUGGCAGGGUAUCUGCAAGUUUCCUUUUAUUGAUGAAGAGCGCCUUCUUGAUUCAACAAAAAUGAUUAAGAAGGAACUGACUGAAAGAUCCCAUCUCUCCAACGGAUCAAUGGAUGACCACAAUCGUGGUUCGGGGCAGAUGAUGGAUGGAACCCAGAUCAAUAUAGAUGUAACUGCAGUUGGGGCUAUAAUUGCUUUGGGUCUAAUGUACUUAAAGACUGCUGAACACUUAGACUUUGAAAAGCUGACUGGUGGCCACAUGGAAGUUGAAAAGCUGACUGUGGCAACUACUGCUGCUGCUGGACACCUGGAAGUUGAGAAGCUGAUUGUGGCAUAG